UAAACAAGAACUAUUACUAGUAGUAAUUGUAAAAUUAUUAUUAAUCGAAUGCAGGCAUUGGGAAUCUAUUUAUCCUAAGAAUAUUCCCGUUACUGUAUUCUGCGCAUUAAUUGUCAGACUGGUGGAGAAGCCUCCUCAAUGACUCUCCAUUCACUGAUCAGCGGAGGCUUCCCCGUCUCUGUCUAUUUGGAAGGUGUCGGGCUUCAGAGACGGAACACCCUCUGGUGGGCUCUCAAUCAUGUUUAGGGUGCAGAGGGGUGAGUUACUGGGAUCUGCAGCCCCAUCAUCUUCCUCUCUGAAGAGUAAGAUUUAUCUGUUCCAAACCAAGAUGUCCAGCAACGUAAAAGGACCUUCGUCUGCGGGAGAUUACGGGAGCGUUUGUGAAACAUUCAGGUGUCAUCCACCAACCAACCUUAGGCUGAGCCGUACAGUCAAGCGUAUAUUGGCAGCGUGUUUGGUUUCGUUGGUUACCCUUCUUGGAUCAGUCUCCAUCGACCUGAACAAUUGUUUAAAAGAUUGGAGGAGCACGGAAGAAGCUCUCUACGGGUUAUCUUCCUGCACCAAUCUUUUAGCCAUGAAAUUCAUUAGUUUCCUCCAAGACCAGAAGAAACUUUGCUGCUGGGACAACCUCAACUUCACCGACAGAAGGACCUUCGUCAUGGACAAUAUGCGCUCCUUCUGCAGGGAAGAAGGCGGCUUGCAGAACUACAACAGAAUAUGCGAGAACAAAGCGGAGAUGAGACAUAUUUGUGAGUUAUUCACUCGCAGGCUAAAAAUGAGACUGGAUAAUGCUACAGACGCCGACCCAACGUUGGGCGAUGUGUUCUCGGGGAUGAUUACGCAGAUAUUGGAAGACUGGAACAGCUCUGAUGGAGAUCUCGUGACGUCUAUGAAAAACCAAGACUGGAUGGAUGUUUUGUCCCUGCGUCUACUGUUGAGGGCUAGAGAAGCCAUGGGUGACCUUGGUUGUCCUUCACCGUUGGCAUCUGAGGACCUUCAGAGUGCAUCGUACCGAAUACUCACCAUGUUAAACUAUGCAGUUUAUACGUCAGACACACUUCACGCUUGUUGGAUGGAUAAUGGGAAUGGUAGUCGUUUAUCCGGCUACCUAACAAAAUACCGAAACGUUCUUCUUUUUGCUCCGCUCGGAGACCCGCGGUCAACCUUUGGGACCCUAACAGCCGACGGCCGAUUGGAUUCUGCGCGAAACUGCCUGUUUCACAAGGCUUAUGAAAAGCUCAACAAUAAAUCCAGAGAUAUUUUGGGAGAGGUCAGUCUGAAGGUGACGCUCCUGGCCGUCACUUGCGUUCUGUAUCCCAUCGUCCUGGUGUCGUUUAAACAAAUGACGGAGUGGAUACAGGACUACGCCAAAAGCCUUAAAGAGAGGACGGAAGACCUUAAAAAAGAGAGACGCGUCGCCGAAGAUCUCCUGCAUCAGAUGUUACCGAGAACUGUAGCAAAGCAGCUUAGGAAACAGAAGCAGGUCGAGGCAGAGAGCUAUGACCAAGUGACGAUAUUCUUCUCGGAUAUCGUCGGCUUUACAGCUAUCUCGGCUUCCUGCACGCCUCUCCAGGUGGUGGGGAUGCUGAACAGUCUGUACGUUUGCUUCGACAGCCGGAUAGAGUCCUACAACGUGUACAAGGUGGAAACCAUAGGAGACGCAUACAUGGUGGUCAGCGGGCUACCGGAGAGGAAUAACACCCGGCACGCCGACGAAAUAGCAAAGAUGUCCCUGGAUCUGGUGGCCGCGGUCCGCCAAGUGGUUAUUCCGCACCUGCCUGACGAGAGGCUGCGGCUGAGAGCUGGCAUUCACACCGGGCCGUGUGUUGCUGGUGUCGUCGGGUACAAGAUGCCGCGUUACUGCCUAUUUGGCGACACGGUCAACACAGCUUCCCGGAUGGAAUCUACCAGUUUACCUCAGAAGAUACACAUCAGCUCCGCCACCUACCAGAUCCUCCUCAUCGACGACGCUUAUGAGAUUGAGCUCCGCGGGGAGAUUGAGGUGAAGGGCAAAGGAAAAAUGAAAACGUAUUGGCUUCUCGGAAACAAAAAUUACAGCGUUCAGAACGACAGCCUCGUCUGCCACUGGAACCCAGAGAUCUCCCGGAGGAAGAAGCUGGAGCUCAGCGUGGGCUCCGUCCAGCAGUCUUUCUCCAGCAUCAUCCCGUCUGAAACGAGCCGGGUGAACACCCCGCGUAUCGUCGAAGAAUUAAGUGGUGAAGAAUCUGUGGAGCGAUCCCAGGAGCUGAGAGUCGAGGGCCGUGCAAGUGACCCAACGACAGAACCGAAGACCCCGCCAUCCCCAACGCAACAGGAUAGACCAUCCAGCCUGCGCGUCCCGGUCUCAGCGAGGGCGGAAGGGGACGUCUACAACAAGCUGGGCCAAAGAGCUAUCGCUCUACCGGGGUUCGUGGAGGAAUCCUGACGUUCUUUGUCUUGGGUCCGCAACAAACGUUAUUUUUUUUAAUCUUCCUGUGAGAUCAUCAAGUAUGGCUUUCUUUGUUAAAAAUAGUGGUCCGAGACAUACGAUACCGCAUCAUACCGCACACUGUUACUCUUUGUC